AAAGGUGGACUUAGAGAUAAAAGACCAGCGAGAAACGAAAAAGAAAGGAAAACGAAAAACAGAGUGUCUUUAUUCAGAGCUUAAAGUCUUGUUUUUCCUCUUAUUGAAGUGCACUGAAAUAUGGGCACUGGUUGGAGAAGAGCCUUUUGCACUACAAUCCCUAGAGAACCAGAAAACACUGUUUUAGACAAGCAGCGGCAACAGAGUCCAAGUCCCAGGAAUUGUUCCAAGCUAAGCUUUUUUUCUACCGGAAGUAACCCUUCUACUCCUCGUUUUCAAUCGCAAGCAGUUCCUAGCCCCAGUCUCCGUUGCCGCACUACCGUUGAACCGUCUUCAACUAGUGAAAGCCCCACCCUCCAAUGCAAAUCCACACCUAGAGCAGCCACUAAAAAUCCUAAGCCAAUUCUCUCCUCAAAUCCUUCCUCUCCUCGUUCCCCUCUCAAGCUCUCACUUUUCCGCAACAGCUUCAAGUUCAGGAGUAGUUGUGGAAUCUGUUUAAACAGCGUGAAGACAGGUCAAGGAACGGCCAUUUACACAGCUGAAUGUUCACACGCCUUUCAUUUCCCAUGCAUAGCUGCUCAUGUUCGCAAACAUGAUUCCCUCAUUUGCCCUGUUUGUAAUACCACCUGGAAAGAUGUUCCUCUUCUCUCCAUCCACAAAAACUCGACUCCUCAAAAUGACACCGUUCUGAUCGAAAACACCUCCCCGAGAAUUGAAGAUAAAAAGAUCAUCGAAUCUUGUUCACCGAGAAUUGUCCAUCAGCCGGAACCCAAACCCAAACCCAAAGCAAAAACAUCAGAUUUAAGAUCCUACGACGACGAUGAACCAUUGCUUUCCCCAACCGCCGGUGCUCGUUUUAUUCCCAUUCCAGAGGCCGAUGAAAUCAUCGAACAAGAAGAAGAGGACGUUGAGGAGUUCCAAGGGUUCUUCGUUAAUCCCAACUCCUCGUCUACCGUCAAAUCUGAUGACUUGCUCUCAUUCAACGGUCGUGAUUUGAGGAAUGUCCAGGCCAGAUUGUCUCCCGAAACGGCGGUCAUUUCAGUGGGCCGUGGAUACGAAACUUACGCCGUGGUUUUAAAAAUCAAGGCCCCACCUCCCCCUACAAAAAUAUUAGCUUAUUCGAGGAAUAGUAGCAAUUCAAAUUUACAUUUGGACCCUUCGCAUCGGGCGCCAAUCGAUUUGGUUACAGUUCUUGAUGUGAGCGGAAGCAUGACCGGUGCUAAACUCCAGAUGUUGAAACGCGCGAUGCGUUUAGUUAUUUCCUCGCUCGGCUCGGGUGAUAGGCUUUCAAUCGUCGCUUUCUCGGCUACUCCAAAACGGUUAUUGCCUCUACGGAGAAUGACGGCUCAGGGUCAAAAAGCUGCUCGGCGCAUUAUUGACCGCCUUACCUGCGGUCAAGGAACUAGCGUUGGCGAUGCGUUGAGGAAAGCAACCAAAGUGCUAGAGGAUCGGAGGGAGAGAAAUCCAGUUGCUAGCAUUAUGUUAUUAUCCGACGGUCAGGACGAAAGAGUCCAAUCCAAUGCUUCCUAUCAAAGGCAUCAUUCAAGCCACGUGUCGUCCACUCGUUUUUCUCACAUUGAAAUCCCGGUUCACGCGUCCGGGUUCGGGCAAAGCAGCGGGUUCAGCCAUGAGCCAAGUGAGGAUGCGUUUGCUAAAUGCGUUGGUGGGUUAUUGAGCGUCGUUGUUCAAGAUUUGAGAAUCCAGCUCAGCUUUGCAUCUGGCUCAGCACCAGCUGAAAUAACAGCCGUUUAUUCAUGCUGUGGAAAGCCUACUGUUUUAACUUCCAGCUCCGUGCGGCUCGGCGAUUUAUACGCCGAGGAAGAAAGGGAAUUACUCUUGGAACUGAAAGUUCCGACUUCGUCGGCGGCUGUGUCCAACCACGUGAUGUGCGUUCGCUCCCUCUACAAGGAUCCCGCCACACAAGAAAUCGUAUACGGUAGAGAUCACACGCUUCUCGUACCUUGGCCCAACGACGUUCGAUCAUUGGCUACCAAAAUCGAACAGUUGAGAUUCUUUUUCAUCACGAUUCGAGCCGUAGCCGAAGCGAGAAGGCUGAUUGAGUGCAGUAACGACUUGACAAGUGCUUACCAUUUGUUGGGCUCGGCUCGAGCCUUGUUGAUGCAGUCAAAUUCAUCAUCGGCUGAGGAAUAUGUCAGAUGUUUAGAAGCUGAGUUGGCGGAACUGCAGUGCAGGAAACAGCAGAUGAUGGAAAUCCAACGGCGGAGGGUGAAUGAAAGGGAAAAGGAAAGGGGAAGGGAAAGAGAGAGAGUGUCGGUUACUGUGGUGAUGGAUGAAAACGGAGAGCUACUUACGCCCUCAUCGGCUUGGAGAGCGGCUGAGAAGUUGGCUAAAGUUGCAAUCAUGAAGAAGUCUUUGACUAGAGUUGGCGAUUUACACGGCUUCGAAAAUGCUAGAUUUUAGUUUAUUUUUCUCCCUCUAAUUAUUACUUUCAUCAAAAAAAAGAUUGUUGUUAUAUUAUGAAAGGGUGUGAUGGUAACGACGGCGCGUGCCUUUCUGCCAUGAGCAUUUGAUUGGUGGGUUGCUUUAAGAAAAAUCUAUUUUUGAUCUUGAAUUCAAAUCUCCAUUUUUCUUC